UCAAGAUCGAGCUCCAGCUCGCUGGUGAUGCAUCCUCGCACCGUACACAUACAGCCCACUCGACAACGCCGGCCUAGCAAGCCGCCAGCGAUGGGCGCCACCGAGCCUCCAUGAUGAAUCGAGUCACGGUCCCCGGGCUACGGAUCCGUCCCGCCGCCUGGCAUUCCUGCACUAUCGCACAGCCGCCGCUGUUGCAGCUCGUCGCUCCCCGUUUCGCACGCUACCCCAGCCGGCAUUAUGCGACACAGCACCAACAGUCCUCCACCCCCGAGUCCCGCCGCCACGCCGUAACCCCCUUCAACGAUGACGGCCGCGUCCCCUGGACCGAGCUCUCCGCGGGCGAGAAGACGGCCCGAGCCGCGCAGCAGACGUUCAACUUCGGCAUGGUGAUCCUGGGCGUGCUGCUGACGGGCGGCGUCGGUUACGUACUGUAUUCAGAGGUCUUCUCCCCCGACAGCAAGACGACCUACUUCAACCGGGCCGUGGACCGUAUCCGCGCGGACCCGCGGUGUCUGGGGCUGCUGGGUGACGGGAAGAAGAUUACCGCAUAUGGCGAAGAGACGUAUAAUAAGUGGCGGAGGGCGCGGCCGAUUGCCUCUACGGUUACCAAGGACGGGCAAGGGAACGAACAUCUGAUGAUCCAGUUCAACGUACAAGGGCCGAAAGGCAGCGGGCGAGUCGCCAUGCACCUUAUCAAGCGCGCUGGCCAGCACGAGUACGAGUACAAGUAUCUCUUCAUGGACGUCAAGGGGCACCAGAGGAUAUACCUCGAGAACGCGGAUGCGCCUCGCGAGAAGGAAGGAGAGCGGAAGGGCUUCAAGCUAUUCGGCGUUAAGUGGAGCUGAGGAUCAGCGAGGAGAAGUGUUACAAGCCAAAUAGGUACAAUACCAGUUGUGGUGUCGAGAUACCACCCCAAAACGACC